AUGUUUGUCUACCUAAGUAAAAAAAUAGCAAUACCAAAUAACUACCGUCUGAAUUGCAUUGCCUGGAGCCAGCGUCACGGGUACAUAGCAGUGGGAGGCGAAGAUGGCCUGCUAAAAGUCCUGAGAGUGGACGCGAGUCCGGGUAGCGGAAAUGCCAAGUCCAGAUCGCUGGCAGGGACGAGCAACCUGAGCAUGAACCAGAGCCUAGAGGGGCACAACGGACACGUCCAGGUGGUCACCUGGAACGAAGAGUACCAGAAGCUGACCUCCAGCGACCAAAAUGGCGUGAUAAUCGUCUGGAUGCUGUACAAAGGCUCCUGGUACGAAGAGAUGAUCAACAACCGGAACAAGUCCGUGGUGAAAGGCAUGUCCUGGAGCAUCGACGGCCAGAAAAUCUGCAUCGUCUACGAGGACGGCGCGGUGAUCGUCGGUGCGGUCGACGGGAACCGGAUUUGGGGCAAGGAGCUGAAAAACACCUGGCUGUCCGCGGUACAAUGGUCGCCGGACAGCAAGCUGCUGCUCUUUGGUCUAAAAAGCGGCGCUGUUCACCUUUACGACAACCAGGGAGUCUUCCUGACCAACAUCCAGAUGAACCUGCCCGCCAGUCCGCAGUCAAUCGUCGCCAUCCACUGGUACAACGGGAAAUUCGGGUACACUGCGGUUGACUGCCCCAGUUUGGCGAUUUGCUACGAAAGCGGGCGCUUGCAGCUGAUGCGAGACGCUGCGGACAGCGAGCCGAUCAUCGUUGAAACUGGAAUCACCAAUGUUUGGUGUUCCUGGAACACUUACGGGUCGAUCCUAGCCGUGGUUGGCAUCCAGUCGACCAUAAUGAGCAACGAGGCUAAAGAUAAUAACGUAAUUCAAUUUUACAGCGCCUUCGGGAGACUGCUGAGGACUCUGAAGGUUCCUGGCAGGGAAAUAACCUCUUGUUCCUGGGAAGGAGGCUCUCUGAGAGUCGCUCUGGCCGUCGACUCUCACAUCUACUUCGCGAACAUCCGUCCUAAGUACAAGUGGACCUACUUCAGUAACACAGUAGCCUUUACCAACGAGAAGGUCACCAAGGACGGGACUUGUGUCACCUUUUGGAACACCAGCAGCAACACCUCUUGCACCAAGUACGUCAGUUCUUUGAUUUCAGUCGCUUCUUCGGGGGAGCACUGCUGCCUGGCGGUCAGGAACGACCCGUCGGUCAACGAGCAGUUUGCUUUGUUAGUUUGCAACACCAUUGCAACGACAAUUGACAUCAAGCACCUGGACCUGGAGCCGAUCUGGAUGUGCAUGAUCAAUUCCUCGGUGAUCGUCGCUUCCAAGAACAAUUUCUUGAUCUGGAACUUCAGGACCCCGAGGACUGUGGGACAAUCCAAGGUCAGGCGGGAUAAGAUCUAUCAUGUUGAUGAUACUCCGACUGGAGUCACCGAGGUGAUCUACGACCUGGACCGCGACAGGAGUUACGAGACUCCUAUCAACACCAAGGCGACCAUGGACCCCAUCAGCUGUCUAGCAGCGACUGAGAAGAUUCUGCUGGUUGCUAGAGAGUCCGGGAUGAUUCAGAGGUAUUCUCUGCCUCAUGUCACUUUGACUAAUCGCUAUACCGCUUCUUCAAAGCCCGCGUAUCUCGCGAUCAAUUGCAACUCCACCAGAGCUUCGAUUAUUGACAGCAAUGGAAUUCUCACCAUGUUGGACCUGGAGCAUAAGAAGGAACCAGAGAGCGAGGAGGUGGGCAAGUUUGAACGGAAAGACGUCUGGGACAUGUGCUGGGCUCAGGACAAUCCUUCCUUGCUGGCGAUCAUGGAGAAAGCCAGGAUGUACGUUCUCAGAGGCCUGGACCCAGAGGAGCCAAUAACCUGCUCCGGGUACAUUUGUUCUUUUCAAGAGCUGGAGAUCAGGUGUGUCCUGUUGGACGAAUUGAUGGCCAAGCCUGAGGAUAACAAGUUGGAUUUGAUUGUCGACCUGGAAGUUAAGUCUCUUAGAGACACCAAGGAGCUGCUGACCAAAGUAGGACUCAAAGAAGCUCACGAUUUUAUUCUAGACAAUCCUCAUCCCCGGCUUUGGCGCCUACUUGCUGAGUCAGCGUUAAAAGAACGAGAUUUGGAGGCUGCUGAAAAUGCUAUGGUGAGGUGCACAGAUUACCUGGGGAUUCAGUUUAUCAAGCGGCUCCAAGCGAUACACAAUGACCAGUUAAAACGCGCGGAAGUCGCCGCCUUUUUGGGUAACUAUGAUGAAGCGGAAAAAUUGUAUCUUGAUUUGGAUAGAAGAGAUCUUGCGAUAUCUUUGAGGCAGAAAUUGGGGGACUAUUUUCGCGUGUUGCAACUCAUGAAAAUGGGACUAGCUGGGACUGACAAGCAGCUGGAGCAGGCGUAUAAUAAGAUUGGAGAUCAUUUUGCGGAGAGGCAGAAUUGGGAGAGCGCUAAGGAGUAUUAUGAGAAGGCCAGGAAUAUUGACCAGUUGAUACAGUGUUAUUAUAAGCUUGAAAGCUAUGACUUGCUGGCGGGGACUGUUGAACAGUUGCCUGAUAAGUCGCCGGUUUUGAAGACUGUCGCCAGGAUGCUGGCUUCUAUGGGAAUGUGUCAGCAGGCUGUGGAGGCGUAUAUUAAAUAUGGGGAUGUCAAGCAAGCGGUGGACACUUGUGUGAGACUGAAUCAUUGGGACCAGGCGGUGGAUUUGGCGAAGACUUACAAGAUGGCCCAGAUCAAUGAUUUGCUGAAUAAAUACGCGAGUCAUUUGCUGGUUAAUGGAAAAAGGCUGCAAGCGAUUGAACUUUACAAAAGCGCGAAUUGCUUCUUGGAGGCUGCGAAAUUGCUGGUGAGUCUCGCGGACCAGCAGGCCAAGACUCGCGCUAAUCCAUUGAGGGUGAAAAAAUUGUAUGUCCUGUCAGCUUUGCUGAUUGAAGAUCAUAUUAACAGCAGAACGGUGAAGAAAGGCGCGAGAAGCAAUGUCAUGAUGGGGCUCAGCGAGAGCAAUGAAGAUGCUAGGGUCAUUGAAAAUGCCUGGAGAGGCGCCGAGGCCUACCAUUUUCUCCUGAUGGCCAAUCGGCAAAUUUACGCGGGUGAUACUGACGCUGCGAUGAAAACUGCCUUGAGGCUGAGGGAGUAUGAAGAUAUUUUGGAGUGCGAGGACAUUUAUUGUCUUCUCGCGCUGGCUAGCGCGAACAACAAGGCUUUUGCGACCUGCUCCAAGGCUUUUAUCAAGCUGGAGGGAUUGGAGAAGAUUUCCGAGAGCAAAAGGGAGGAGUAUGAAGAACUUGCUUUGCAGAUUUUUAUUAAUCAUCCUCCGAAGGACGGCAAGGCUAGUAAGGCUGAGUGUGUUAAUUGUGAGACACUCGUUCCUGAUUGGUGUGUAGCUUGUCCUAAUUGUGCGACAAGAUUCCCGGCGUGUGUCGUGACUGGGAAACCGCUGAUGGAUUUGACUACGGCGUGGAUUUGUACCACCUGCAGGCAUCACGCUACUUCCGAGAGGGAUGUGGUUAAUAUUAAUGCAUGCCCUCUUUGUCAUAGUAUUAUUACGUAUAUGUAG